CACUAAACUGUUUACUCAAAGGGUUGACUCUUGGAUGAUCCUCUGGUUCACGUUGCACUCGUCCCGGGGUCAUUUUUAUUGUGUUUAGAGUUUUUUACCAACAUGAAUCUCUGUUUAACAUUUGUUUUUUUGCUAACAUUCUUUGUUUCACCUGGAACUUUGCUGGCCGAAAUAGUCUUCAGAUGUUCAAGCUGCACAGCAGAGAACAUGGUUGGAUGUCCAAAAGUGGAUGCCGGGUGCACAGAGAUUGUGAGAGAGCCGGGCUGUGGGUGCUGUCCGGUGUGUGCCAGGAUGGAGGGUGAGUUCUGUGGGGUCUACACCCCCAGAUGCUCCAGUGGCCUGAUCUGCUACCCUAGCAUGGAUGCUGAUCUACCUUUGCAGCAGCUCAUCCAGGGGUUUGGCCGCUGUGUACAACAAUCAGACGAAGGCGCCAUGAUAGGUUUGGAGCACCAGGCAACAAACGAGGUGCAAGGGACUGAAAAUCCACUGACCAAGAGACCGUCCAUGGAUGCCUGGUUGAGGCUGGAGUCUGCUAUAAAAAUACACCAGAAUGAUCUCAAAAGUAAAAUGAAGAUCAGCCAGAGACAACCACAGAGUCCCUGUCAGCAGGAGCUGAACAAAGUCUUAGAAGAAAUCUCGAAGAUGACCUCUGAGGAUAACAGAGGCCCUCUGGAGGACCUGUACGGGCUCAAGUUUCCAAACUGUGACAGACGUGGACUGUACAACGUCAAACAGUGCAACAUGUCUACCCACGGUCAGCGUGGGGAGUGUUGGUGUGUUAACCCCUUCACCGGACUUCAAAUUCCAUCAACGCCUAAAGUCAGAGGAGAUCCCAACUGUAAUCAGUUCCAGGAGGAGCUCUUAGUGAUGCCCACAGAAACAACGGCUCGCUAGAAGACUUCACCAAACCAAGUGUUUUUUGUUUUGUUUUUUCACCAGACCAGAGAAGGUUAACAACAUUGUUCUGAACAUUGUGUAACUGGUUAUGGUAAAACACAAACACAAAAAAGUGCAUAUGUCAGCAACAUUCUCCCAGAGGUUGCCAAAAACAUCCAAUAAAAGAGUCGAAAUGAAAGA